AUGCACUGCAUCAACACCCAGCGCUGGACUUACGACAUUGGUGGUCUGCUCGCCGACUCCAGUCUACCCUGGCACAGUGCUAUUUGGUUGGUGAGUUUCCUGUCUGCGACGCUUCGCUGGCAGCAACGUGUUGAGCUUUCUGGGGCUGAGCCCGUCAUCUUCAUCCGAUCAGUGCUACCUCUCAUCGUCCCUCUCGAGUGUCCCUAGCCUCGGUCAUCAUUGGGCCAUCUUGAAGCACCUUCCUCAACUUCUUUGGCGUCUGGCUAAUCUGCGUUACCCACUCCGGGGCCCGACAUUGCUCCUGGCUCCAUCGCAGGCUUGCUGCUCGCAAAGGUGAGUAGUCUUCGCUUCUUCGGCGCCGUGUAGUGAUGAGUAGCAGUAGAGCAAUUGCUGAGAGAUUUCCGGCUCCCUUAAACAUCACUCUUCUCUCCGCAGGUCGAGUAUGCACACCAGUCCCCGGGGCCCGAAGCAGCAAAUGUGGGCUGCUGUGUACCACCAUCGGUGAGACUGCAAGGUCUUGGCCUGUUGACAGCCUAUGUGCUGAGCGCGUCCCGGUCGACCUGAACAUCGAGAUAUUCAGAGCUUCCUUCGCCGAUCUUGCUCCACAUACUGACGCUUCUGAGUGA